AUGCUGCACCGCGCCCUCAAGAGCUCCUCGCUGCUGCUGCUGCCGCGCGUGGCGCCCGCCGUGGCCCGCUCGGCCUCGACCAUGGCGCUGCCCACGUCGCUUGAGCGCCUCUUCGAGAACAACAAGAGGUGGCGCGAGGGCAAGAAGCUGCUGGACCCGGACUACUUCGACAAGACGUCGCAGGGCCAGCACCCGCAGUACCUGUGGAUCGGCUGCUCGGACUCGCGCGUGCCCGCCGAGGAGAUCACGGGCCUCGCGCCCGGCGAGAUGUUCGUGCACCGCAACGUGGCCAACCUGGUCGUGAGCAACGACAUCAGCUCGCUCUCGGUCGUGCAGUACGCCGUGGAGCACCUCAAGGUCAAGGACAUCAUCGUGUGCGGCCACUACGGCUGCGGCGGCGUGCACGCCGCCGUGGAGAACAAGCACCUGGGUCUGCUGGACAACUGGCUGCGCAACAUCCGCGACGUGGUGCGAAUCCACAACGACGAGCUGCAGGAGAUCGACGACCACGAGCAGCGCAUGCGCCGCACGGUGGAGCUCAACACCAUUGAGCAGUGCAUCAACGUGUUCAAGAUCGGCCUGGUGCAGCGCCACCAGGUCAAGUACGGCUUCCCGCGCAUCCACGGCCUGGUGUACGACCUCAAGAACGGCCAGCUCAACGAGAUGGACAUUGACUUCAACUCUUACGUCAAGAAGUACCGCUCCAUUUACAAGCUGCACUCCUUCCCUUCUGGAGAGGUGCCUCUGCGCCGAUCCCAGCUGCAGGGCAACAUGAUUAGAAAUCUCGUCGAGGGACACGAGGAGGAGCCGGGCCGUGUGAGCGCCAAGUUCAUCAAGCGCGCCAUGUCCAAGGAGCCGAUUCUCUUCAGCGACUCUGAGAUCAACAGUGCCGUUGCUCGGGCCCAGGAAGGCGAGGAGGACAACAACACGGUCAACAUCGAGAAGCUCGUCCGAUACUUCGACCACUAA